AUGGCUCAGCAGGCCCAACAACCGCAACCACUCAACACUACAACAGAACAACAUAAAAGACAAAGGUCCGCGGGAACAGGUUCCCCGAUCGCCACGAUAUCGUCAAAGUCCGAACCUCCCCAGCAGCAACCAACCCUCAAAAGACCCAGCAACGCACCUCGAGCUUCGAGCAAGUCGUCAAAGCGCCUGUCUGGAUCAGCUGCAUCAAUCCCUGUCGAGACCCCUGCCAAACCAAGCCCGACUCAAACUCCUACUCCAACACCUCCUCCACCCGAAGACAGUUCUGUUGCGCCAGGAGCUCUCAGAAGAUCUCUUUCAUUCAAGCUACCUAUUCGAGUAUCGACUGGAGAUAGCAGCCCACUCCUCGCCAACACUAAUCGAAACCGAUCUUCGUCUCUUCCUCAAGAAUCUCAGUCGCCCGUCGAUAAAAAGCGCCAUUCCGUCCAGCGCUCUCUAUCUUCUUUGACUUCCAUCGUCGAGACCAACGCACUUGCAAAAGAUCUCGAAGUCCCAUCAGCCAACAGCCCAAAGCCAUCACCCAAGUCGCCUUCGAAGCAGUUCCUUCUCGAACGAGGUCUUCUUAAUCCCGAAGAACUCGACGAAUCAAGUUCGCCCGAAGAAUUACAACACUCUCUUCAAGACCAAGUCGUCAGAUUUCUCACCACAAUGUCUUCUCCUACCUCCAGUGACAAGUCCGCCACCGCCGAGCAGCAGCGUGCUCCCGCCUACCCUACCUCAUACCCUCCCAACAACGGCCAGCUUAGACCCAACAUGCCCCAGCCUGGUCUGCCCGUUCCUAUGCCCAACCUCUCCGGCAAUGCCAACGGCCCCGUCGGCAACCUCCUGAAGGGUCCCGUCGACGACAAGGGUCAAUUGACGAAGGCUGCCCUCAUGGUCGGUAUCAAGUUGGACCUUGAGGCCGAAGUCCACGUCACCGCCCGUGUACGCGGUGACAUCCUUGUUGGCCUGUACUAG